AUGAAGAAGAGGAAACACUCAAGAUCAUCAUCAAGGGAAAUACACAAGAGACAUAGAAGUCGAGACCGAUCUGAUGAAAGUUUGCAAGUAAUGCAAAACCAAAUAGAUAACCUCACUAAUAUAGUGAGUACACUGGUGACCACAAUUAGUAAUAAUAAUAAAAAAUAUCUACCAGAGAAAGAGAAUUUACCUCCGUCUGAAAAAAAUCCUGAUACUGGUGAAAUUAUUUUACUAAUUUAUUUUUCCUUUCUCUGUCCUCUGUUCGCAUAUACAGCUCCAGUGAACACAAGUGACGUUGUCACUCCAAACUCUGAUAAAGAACAGGACAACAGCGAAACUGUAGACCCGACAGAGAAAACUGACAGCAGUGAGAAGUUAGAGACUACAAAAGACUCAGCGGUCAAGGAGGAAAUUUUAAAGAUUUUAGGUGAUGACUCCAACUCGUCAAAACAGCUAAAGAUCGACUUCCAACCUGAAUUAGUCACUACAUGGACUAAAUGGACACAGGAAGGACUACCGGAGAAAACAAAGGAAUCAAUCCUAGAACUUUAUCCUAGGAAAGGGGUUUUGUUUACAGAAGCCCCUAAAGUUAACCUAGAAGUCGUGUCAGUGCUGUCAGAAAUUGCUGUCAAGAAGGACAAGCACUUCCUCGAAACUCAAAACACUGAUGGCCUGAUUUCAAGAUUUAUGAAAGGUGUAUAUAAACAAAAGCUUCCAACUCCAAAAUACGACUGCACAUGGGAUACAAUCCCAGUAUUGAAGUAUCUCGAGUCACUUCAUCCACUUAACAGCUUGACUACUAAGGAAAUUGGAGAAAAAGUAGCCACUCUCGCCCAUACAUUACAGACCCUAACAUUAAUUGAUAUUAAUAACAUUAAAUAUUCAAAAUCAGGGGUCACUAUAAAAAUUCUAGAGACAAUUAAAACAUCGAAACCAGGAGCGUUUCAACCAGAACUAGUAUUUCCUUAUUUUAAAAAUAAACCUGGCUUAUGCAUGGCAUCAAUAAUUAAAGAAUACAUAGAGUAUACAAAGGACUUAAGAGCCCCAGAUAAUUCAAGACUAUUAAUAUCUACAAUCAAACCGCACGGACCAGUUUCGGCACAAACUCUAGGACAUUGGAUUAAGGGACUGCUAGGAAAAGCAGGAACUGACACUAAACAAUUCUCAGCUUACAGCACACGGCAUGCGGCAGUGUCGUCAGCUCACAAGGUUGGAGUCAACAUUGACACCAUUCGCCGUACAGCAGGAUGGACAGAAAGAUCAAAGAUGUUCGCAAAGUUUUAUAAUAAACUGAUUCGUGAGUCGAAAGAGCAGUUUGAUCAUUAG